AAAUUUUUAACAAACAAUUAAAUUUCACAAAAAAAAUAAAAUAGAAUUACAAUUAAUCAAUGGCUACCAUACAAUAUAAUCUUGUAAUAUUCGCUUUGAUUUUAGCUUUAAUAAAUAGCUCGCUUGCCAUACAAGCACGAAGUGACCGUGAACAACAAGUUUCAGGAGCUGUGGCAUCAUCACGCACUGCUGACAACACCAAUGUCUAUCAUUAUUGGGGACCCAAAGUGUUGUGCUCCAUGUUACCCGAUGAUUUUAUAGAAUGCAAUAAACCUAUUGAUCAUAAACUGAAUAAAACCGCCAAAGAGGAAAAAGGUUGGUGUCUUAAGUUUGGUGGCCUUAACUAUGAAGAUGUCGAACACACCAAGGUGCAGUGUACAGUCUUCCCUGAUAUAGAUUAUGGCCCCAGGACAUUUCAACGUGAUGGUGUACCCUGUAUACGCUAUUCUGAACAUUAUUUCCUUACCACUUUGCUGUAUAGUUUGCUUUUGGGUUUCUUGGGUAUGGAUCGCUUUUGUUUGGGACAAACUGGUACGGCUGUGGGCAAACUGUUGACUUUGGGGGGUGUAGGCGUUUGGUGGGUAGUCGAUAUUAUUCUAUUGAUUACCAAUCGUUUGACACCAGAGGAUGGCAGUAAUUGGAAUCCCUAUGUCUAGCAUAGGUUUUUG